GUUUACUUUCUGGUGCACUGCAAGGCUAACCAUAACCUGCCUUGUACUGUCAGUGCCGUGGAUGUUCCCAAAAAUUUUGAAAGUCCAAAUAUUUCUGCCAGUCUAGAUUCAAAGUGGGACUAUAGCCUCGGAGUAACCAACCAACAUGGCAGUUUGACAGCCUGAUCAUUACUUCACUUAACAAAUUUCAUAUGUGUUAAGCAACUUUUAAGGUAGCAAUCAUGCAAUCAUCGGUGCUAAAUCAGAGUGGUGACGAAGCGGUGGAAUGUCCGCUUUGCAUGGAACCUCUGGAGGUAGAUGAUCUCAAUUUCUUCCCCUGCACAUGCGGAUAUCAGAUAUGUAGGUUCUGUUGGCAUAGAAUUCGUACUGAUGAAAAUGGAUUGUGCCCUGCAUGUCGCAAGGCCUAUCCAGAAAAUCCUGCGGAUUUUAAGCCUCUUAGCCAAGAAGAGGUUUCGCGUCUUAAGCAGGAGAAGCGACAUAAAGAUCAUCAACGAAAGCAGAAAGUGACUGAAAACCGAAAGCACUUAGCUAAUGUAAGAGUGGUCCAAAAGAAUUUGGUGUUUGUUGUAGGUUUACCAACACGAUUAGCAGAUCCCGAGGUUCUGAAAAAGCAUGAAUAUUUUGGAAAGUUUGGAAAGAUACACAAAGUUGUUAUCAAUCAAAGUACUACAUAUGCAGGUUCACAGGGUCCAAGUGCCAGUGCUUAUGUAACUUAUUUCAAAUCCGAUGAUGCAUUACGUGCUAUUCAAGCUGUUCAGAAUGUUCCUGUUGAUGGACGCACCAUCAAAACAUCAUUAGGAACAACAAAAUAUUGUUCACAUUUCAUGAAGAAUCAAGUAUGUCCGAAGCCAGACUGCAUGUAUCUUCAUGACCAUGGUGAUCCCGAUGCCAGCUUUACCAAGGAAGAAAUGCAACAAGGAAAGCACCAGGAAUUUGAAAAGAAAUUACACGAAACACUGAUAAAUUCCUACAACAAAGAUAGAAAACCUACGCCAUCACCCCCAACAGCUGUAGGUUCUGCCAGUCAACCUAGUAUACAACCGAGUAAAGAUGCCUGGCCUUCAUUACAACCAGGCACAACAAUUAAUUCAGUUGGUCCUAGUAUUCUUUCAUCAACAUCAAAUGGCACUAACAGCAGCAGUAAUAGUAGCUCCAGCAGUAAUAGCAAUGGAAAUAGCAAUAAUAACAAAGGCGAGGGCAGCAAUCAAAAGAAACAACAGACUAGUUCUAAAAACAAGAAGAAAAAUAAUAUCAAUUCAGGCAUAGAAGAAGGCAAAGGAAAAUCAAAAGACAAAAAUUCAGCUCAGACUACAGAUAAAGAGGAUGCUCAUCGAAAACAAAAUUCCCAUCAAAUACAGUCAAGCAGUACUAAAGCUCCCCGAUCAGAUAGGGCUAAUAAAAGUGAUAAACACAGAAAUAUGGAUCCUGAACAGGAUCACAGAAAUGAAAGAUCAAAUGUUACUGAUAAUAUAGAUGAGGCUGAUUUAACUGAGUCUCAACACUUUGAAAAUGUCAGUCAAUUUGGUGAUGUGGAAGAAAGAAUAGACACAAUAGAUGUGACGGUAAAGUCUGACAGAGUAGAAAAGACUGAAAGACCUAGCCAAAGUCAGAGGAACCAUCUGACAGAAAAUCAUUUUGGUGAACUGGAAAACACCCUGUACUCAUCUUCGACUCCAGUUUCCACUUCAUCAGAAGAAUCUUCUCCUGGUGGUCGUAGCUCCCCUGCUCGCCUUUCUGCCUCGCAUAGAGCAGCGUCUCUUUUGGAACCUGACAACAAUUCCUUCUUUUCUGCAGGCUUUACAAAAGUCAAUCCGUCUACUCCUAAUGCUGUUUCUAAUAGUGAAUGGGCUCCAAAUGGUGUGUCCCUUCCGCAUAUGCCUGAUGUUUUGCCACCAGUUCAUUCGUCUGAGGACUGGCAGGCAGCAUUUGGGUUUGGAUCCAAUAGCUCAGUACCAGAAACCAAACAAACAUCUGCUGCAGCUAUGCUGGCUAAAUAUCACGCCUGGCUUGAACUUGCUGGUCAACAGAAACUCGAAAAUUCCGGUGUUAAUUUAGUGAAUUCAAAUUCAGUGCCUGGUUCUAAUGAGCAGACCUUCGCUCACCAGUCCAGUACUUUUGGCCCAGUGCGAGUGCCAGAAAGUUCCAGUUUGUUGAUGCACAAUGCUUUCCAGCAGCAGCAGCAUCACCACCACCAACAACAGCAACAACAGCAGCAGCAGCAGCAGCAACAACAACAGCAUCAACAACAGCAACAUCAAUCCUUUUUGCUUCAUCUACAGCAACAGCAAGCCCUGCGUCUGCAACAGGGUAGCCUGACCUCUGCAGGUCCGGAGGUUGGCUUUCCAUCUGCUGAUGUUAAUCGUGAAAACAUCAGCAAUGGUCCAUCAGAAAGGGAGGCUUUCCUUCGCUUUGAUCAACAUAGUUCUGCAAACUCAUUAUUAAAUAAUAGCCAUGAGGACUACUUUAACAACAGUGAUCAUAGUGAAAGAAGACACACAGACGAUGAUCUUGGGUUUGAUCCAUUCCAUGAGACACAGAAGGGUCUUGCAGAGAUGAUGGAAAAGGAACAGUUACUUAAACAGCAACAGCAGCAACAGAAUCAUAAUUAUCUUCAACAUCAACACCACCAUCAGCUCAUGCAGCAAGCCCAGCUUGCAGCUCUUAAUCAGCAACACAACUACCAACAACACAAUCCCUUAUACCAUAGACUGGCACCUCAGCAACAGGUGCCUAGCUGCACAAAACUAUUGGAAGGACUUGGUCUAGGUAUGAAUAGUUCAAUGGCAACCCGCAGCCGACCUCCCCCACCAGGUUUUGCCCCUGCACCUAACCACAUGAAUGCCUUUGGAAUGGGUUUACCUCGUACUGCACCGACUAGCAGCAACCCUAGCAGCAACUUAGGAAGUAAAGUUUUACCGUUUAUGGGUCUGGGCAGUGUUGGCAGCUCUGCAAAUAACAGCAGUGCCAGUAGCAGCAAUGGAAGUCAAAAUUCACAGGGUAUGCCAACAAAUCAUAUGCCGUUCAUGAAUGGCUCCAUACUGAAUCAAGGUAUGUCUAAAACUACACUGGAUUCUAUGUUUGCCAGUGCUAAAGAAUGGCCAGAGAACUGUAGAUCUCUUUUACCAAAUCUUGGUACUAGUGUUCCCCAAGCCCCAUCACAUAGUUAUGCUGCUCAGAAAACUGCUGCUUCUAGUUGGAACUGCCCUGACUGGACAGCGUUAGAUCCAGCCAUUGUUUCAUCAUCCAGACCACACUGGCCUGCUAGUUCACCAAUGAGUACGCCCACUCCACCACCAGGAUUCGGCUUUGGACAGCAACACCCACACACAUUAAACACAACGAAUAUGGACAAUGCAUAGCAGUGAAAUAUUUCUGCCGCAGAGGAUGGUCAUUGCAAGACACUAGACUUAAACCAGUGUUCGUAAUGUAUAUUUUGUUUCCUUUCUGUAGGCCCGUCUUAAAGGGCUACUUUAAAUAGUCUCAUGUUAUGCAGCUUAGAUAAGUUCAAACGAAAGUGAUAUUUCUAUUGGACUGUCAUUUUAUAGAUCAAGCAAUGUACAAUGGCAUUGUUUUGGUAUUCAGGGUAGAGUAAGAUGAAACUCAACUCCUGUAACUCCGAUUUCAGAAAGAUUAUAUUAAAGCUAUGUUUACAAAUUACUUAUUUGGUACACCUUGUGAUUUGGGUUCCUCUAACAUUUCUCAACGAUUAUGAAUGUUAUAUCUGACAAAGUUUAUUUGUUUUCUUUUUUCCCAUCACACAGAAACUAUUUUCUCAGAUGUAGCGCAUAGCUAAAAUUACUUCUGUUUUAGUGAGAGGAUUCUAUUUUGUGUGAUGUAUUCUGACACUGUUACUUAUGUUAUCUACCAUCCUUUGCAGCUGUCAUCGCUAUAAUUUCAAAUGGUGCUGGUUCUACUUAUUUGUUUUUGUCUUGUGUGGUCCAUAGUCCAUGUACCAAUCAAAUUUAAAAUGUCAACUGUUAUGAAAUGCAAAUGAACAGUAUUGGGUGAAUGUUCAAAGCUGAAGUCUUUUGACUGAAAAGAUAUGCCAGGCCACUAUGGGGAGCUGGCCCAGCACUGAGAUUACCAACAAAUUACUGAAUUCAAAUGUGAGUUACUAUGUCUAAUGGGUUGGAUUUUGUGCUUCAAAAAUGUGAUCCAGCUUCCUACAUUAUUACUCGUAUAAUGGGAGCAAAGCAUACAAUAUAUAUUAUUUUUUGCUCUUACAAAUUAUGGCAGAAUAAAGAGUGGAAAAUACGAUUA